ACGAAGGAUUGCUGCAGCAAGAAUUCUUUUGAAACCCAAAUACUAAUAAACCCAAAUCUUUUUAUCAUUUAUUAAUUAAUAUUCUAAGUUAGCUACGCCUUGCAAUUUCAGUUAUUUCUAAAUCUAUCUCUCUAAGGUUUGGGAAAUCUAAUGGGACUGAAGGUAGAGCACUGAUGUCACUGUUUUGGAUUGUGAUUCGUCGAUUAGCUGAAAUUGAAGAAAGAAUGGCAACCUCAAAGAAAGUGAUUACAAGGGAAGAGUGGGAAAAGAGAUUGAAUGAUGUUAAAAUCAGGAAAGAAGACAUGAAUAAAUUGGUGAUGAAUUUUCUUGUCACGGAGGGUUAUGUUGAAGCUGCUGAAAAAUUCCGGAUGGAAUCUGGAACCGAACCAGAUAUUGAUCUUGCAACAAUAUCGGAUCGCAUGGCUGUUAAAAAGGCUGUACAAUGUGGAAAUGUUGAGGAUGCUAUUGAGAAAGUUAACGAUUUAAAUCCCGAGAUAUUGGAUACAAACCCGCAACUCUUUUUCCAUCUCCAACAACAGAGAUUGAUAGAAUUGAUUCGAAAUGGAAAAAUAGAAGAAGCCUUGGAGUUUGCUCAGGAAGAGCUUGCACCGAGGGGAGAAGAGAACCAAACCUUUCUAGAAGAAUUAGAGAGGACUGUUUCGCUCCUGGCGUUUGAAGAUGUUUCAAACUGCCCACUUGGAGAGCUUUUGGACAUAUCACAACGCCUUAAGACAGCAAGCGAGGUGAAUGCAGCCAUUCUUACUAGCCAGUCUCAUGAAAAAGACCCGAAGCUUCCGAGCUUACUAAAGAUGCUGAUAUGGGCUCAGAAUCAACUUGAUGAGAAAGCUGCUUAUCCUCGCAUAAACAAUUUGUCAAAUGCCACGCUCGAAGAUCCCACGGUUUGAAACAAAGGUUCGAAAGACACUAUGGACGAGUCUAUAGUUGCUUUGAAAUUGAAACAUAGAUAGAACUGAAUGGAAUCAAGUUAGGAAUUUGUUGGAUGCAUGCUAUUUUGUUAUGAUGUAUUUGAUGUUUUAUCUUCAUUUUUAGAAGAAUUAAGUUGCCUUUUGGUUGGUCUUUUACUUUGUUCCAAGUUGAAGUUAGUGCAUUUGUACAAUUGAUGAUCAUGCAUUUUAUCCCUUGAAUGGGGAGGGAUUCCAUUAGUCAAUUUGAAGCAACCAAAACAAAAUUGUUAUUGCUA